AUGCCUUGUUACUACGACGUUGCCGACAUCCUCAUGGAGGAGGAGCUUAUUUCGGUUGUUUUCCAAGUAACUGCAAAUGGCGUCGGUCUGCUAGAUCCUGGUGCCGAGAGAAACAGUGUUGAAAAGGGUGCUAAAGUAGACCUUCCAUUUUGGCUUGCGCAUGGAAUGCUGUCUCUGGAACAAGCGGUGUCAAUAAAUGUACCUCCUUGCUUCACCCAGAAAACUCGGAAGGAGAUCCAAGCUGAUGCAGCCUGUGUUGAUUUGAGGGUUCGGUGCCCUUACUUUUAUGAGCUUGGAUGCAAGAUUGUUCCUCUGGUGGGUGACAAGAGCAUUGGCCAGUUCUUGCGCUACGCGUUCGCCAGUAGGUACAAGGAGAUACUAAGCAAGGCACACAGCUCUUCGACGAUGACAGUGCCCAAGUUCACAACACGCCUUACAAAAGAAGAAGCUCAAGAAGUGUUUGAAUCUGCUAGGGAGUCGAUGUCCGCCUUCAGGAAGUGGCGCGUCGGGGGUGCGAGGCUGCAGAAGGCAUCCAUUCUUGGAAGGAAGAGGAAGACAAAGCUGCCUGACGGGCCUUCGACGCCCUGA